AAUUAAUUGUUUGUCUAGAAAUUUAGAACAAACAUCUCGCUAAACCUGCUAUGUACUGCCUGGUGUAGACUCAAAUUUCUGGAGCCUAGUACUGUAGCUGGUUACCUCUCUUGUUCCCCUUCAGUUAGUUAGAUCCGGGUCGGCGUUGGAUAGAGAUGGGGGAAGCGUUUAGUACAUGAUCCUUCUCGUAGUCCGGUUUCCGUGGGUUCCUCGCGCUCAAUACAUUCCCCCGGUUACAUUCCCCUGGUUCCCUGUGCUAGUGUGUCAAUCUCGUCCCGCUUACGAGUACCACUACCGGUCUCACAUUCCGUCUAAAAUUCCGUCUCCAUGCCGACGUCAACGGACGGAGCGCAAGGCGCUCCGCCUCAAGGGCCUCUCGCGGCGCGCGUGAAAACAUACACGUCGGUGCAAAAGUUCAAGGAUAAGCUGAAGCUGCGCACGGCAGCGGGGGAGGUGAAGCCAGCGGUUCGGUUUUGACGCCUGGGGGAGGCAGCGCGCGGCCGAUGACGGGCGGCGAUCAGGGGAAACGACUGCUGUCCCAGUCGGCUGUAAAUCGAUGGCUAAAAGUGAACUCUCAAGACGCCGCCAAGUGCGCGGAAGCCGUCCACAAGCUGCUAGACGAGGGCGCGGAUUCGUUCGGCAAGCGCGCGGAGCUGAUGUACGCGCGCCGCCCAGACAUUCUCCAGCAGGUCGACCUGCUGCACAACCGCUACUUAACUCUCGCGGCGCGCUACGAGCAGCUAUUCGUCACGUCGACGCACUACGCCGCCGCCGCCGCCGCCGCGACAGCGAAUGCCGCGGCCGGGGAAGGCUUGGAGGAGGGGCUACUCUCUCCGCUUAUCAGCCCCGCGGGUUCCUCCGCCAAGCUGGCGGAAGACGGGGCUGGGGCGGAGGGUGCGGGGAAGGGCAAGGGGGCGAAAUGUUUGUUGUCGAGCAGGAUGUGACUGCGAUCGAAAAGUUUUUUGGGCAGAUUUUGGGCAGUUUGGACAAGGUUUUGAAGGAGGAAGCAGGGCAAGGCUCGUGGGAGGAACUGGUUGGAGCGUUAUCCGAGCUGAAACUGGCAGGGGAGGGGAAGGCCGAGGGGAAUGCGGAGGAGAACCGCGAGGAGGAUGCGGAAGCUAAGGGAGCUGACGUGUCUAAGAUAGCCCUAGCGCAGGAAGCGGUGGGUCGUGCUAAGGAGCAGCUUAGUACGCUCGUGCGACGGUUUAAAGCCGUCGCGGAGGAGGAGGAAGCGCUGAGGCAGAAGCUGGCCUCGUUAGAGUCACUUGAGGAGGAAAACGCGAUGCUGCGGGAAAUCGUGG